GGAAAACUCUCAGACAUUCCAAUUCUAACACAACUCUACCACUACAGAAGAAAAAUAAAGAGAAACUAAUAAAGUCUUUUUUUUACAGCUAUCGUUUUCUUUCACUAAGCCUUCUGAAAUCGGAGCCUCAGAAUACUAAACUUGGGCUUUACCUACAGACAUGGACAGAUGCAUGUGCGCUCUCAUUUUAGAGAACUUGAAAUUGUUCUGAAAGGAAGGAAUCAACUUUGGCUUCAAGGAUUUGGCAUGGGUAAGAAUGCCUUAAAAAAGCAGAUGACCAGUUUAUUUACUGACCAUGCUGACCAUUAUCUGGAAUCGGAUCAAAUCACAGAAAAACAGCAAAUGGCUUUUUCUUACAGAACAUCUGAACAAAGCACAAUUACUGAGCUCAUUUUGCAGAGUUCAUUUGAUCACUUAAUCUCUUCUAACUGGUCUGGAUUACAGACAGAAUCGAUACCAGAGGAAAUGAAACAGAUUGGUGAGGAACAGGGAAACAAGCCACGCUGGGCAGCUCUUCUGAUAAUCAUGUUGAUCAUACCUACAAUUGGUGGAAACAUCCUUGUUAUUCUGGCUGUUUCACUGGAGAAAAAGCUGCAGUAUGCUACCAAUUAUUUUCUAAUGUCCCUGGCAGUGGCUGAUUUGCUGGUUGGAUUAUUUGUGAUGCCAAUUGCCCUCUUGACAAUAAUGUUUGAGGCUAUGUGGCCCCUCCCACUCGUUCUAUGCCCUGCCUGGUUAUUUCUUGAUGUUCUUUUUUCUACUGCAUCCAUUAUGCAUCUCUGUGCCAUUUCAGUGGAUCGUUAUAUAGCCAUCAAAAAGCCAAUCCAGGCUAAUCAAUAUAACUCACGAGCUACAGCAUUCAUCAAGAUUACAGCGGUGUGGUUAAUUUCAAUAGGCAUUGCUGUUCCAGUCCCUAUUAAAGGGAUAGAAACUGAUGUGGGUAAUCCAAAUAACAUCACUUGUGAACUGACAAAAGAUCGUUUUGGCAAUUUCAUGCUCUUCGGCUCACUGGCUUCCUUUUUUAUGCCUCUGGCGAUCAUGAUUGUCACCUACUUUCUCACUAUACAUGCUUUACGAAAGAAAGCUUACUUGGUCAGAAACAAGCCAUCUCAACGCCUAACGUGGCUGGCUGUGUCCACAGUUUUCCAAAGGGAGGAAACACCUUGUUCCUCACCUGAAAAAGUGGCAAUGCUGGAUGGUCCUCACAAGGACAAAACUCUGCCCAACUCAAGCCAAGAUAUACUUAUGCGAAGAAUGUCCACAGUUGGAAAAAAGUCACUGCAGACCAUUUCCAAUGAACAGAGAGCCUCAAAGGUUCUAGGGAUUGUGUUUUUCCUCUUUUUGCUUAUGUGGUGCCCCUUUUUUAUUACAAACAUAACUUUAGUUUUAUGUGAUUCCUGCAACCAGACUACUCUCAAAAUGCUCCUGGAGAUAUUUGUGUGGAUAGGCUAUGUUUCCUCAGGCGUGAAUCCUUUAGUCUAUACCCUCUUCAACAAGACAUUUCGGGAUGCAUUUGGCCGAUACAUCAUCUGCAAUUACCGGGACACAAAAUCAGUAAAAACUCUUAGAAAGUGCUCUAGUAGUAUCUUCCGGAAUACGAUGGCAGAGAACUCUAAGUUUUUCAUAAAACAUGGGAUACGAAAUGGGAUUAAUCCUGCUAUGUACCAAAGCCCAAGGAGGCUCCGAAGUUCAACCAUUCAGUCUUCUUCAAUCAUUCUACUAGAUACACUUCUUCUCACCGAAAAUGAAGGUGACAAAACUGAAGAGCAAGUCAGUUAUGUAUAGAAUAAAUGACAGUUUUCAUUUAAUAUAAUGAUGAGCAGGAUGAUGAAGCAGAUAUGAAUGAAACAAGAAUUAUGUAAAGAACUUAAUUCAUGUAUCAUAUCAUCUCUUUAAACUAAGAGUUAUGUAUUAAAAGUAUCCAAUUUUCUUUAUUUGAACACAAUUACUCCAUGAAAAAAAAUCAUUUUGUACAGCUGCAAAUUAAAAUAAUCCAGCAGUCUGGUUAAAUGUUGAGGUAUUCAAAUGAAAUAAAAUUAAAUAAAUCAAUACAUCUCAGGCUUACAAAUGUCUUCAUAAGAAUUUAUUUAGUUCCUACUUGUAUGCAAAGCUGUGCUACAAGUGAAAUAAAACAAAACAAAGCAUUAUCCUUGUCUUCAAUGCCUUAAAAGCAUAAGGUAUAACAACAGUGAUAGGAACAGAGGACUAGGAAUAAGUGUAUAAAAUAAUGAUCACUUCUGGAGAUAAGAAGUUAAGAUUGUCAUUUAUAGUGUGGGUUAGUUAGUAGUCAUAAUUUGCUUUCAUCAGGAAAUUGCCUUAAUGGAAGGGGUAGGGAGGACAGCAGUUGGAUAUCACACAAAAUAGUAGGAUCUUAGAACUGUAGCCAUUUAUUAAAUAGCUGAUACCAGGGAUCUAUUCAGCAGAGGUGGAUCUACUAGAGGAGGAGAAAACAAAUGAAAUCACUUUUGGGUACCUAAACCUUCUUAAAUAACAUGUGCAAGCUGGAGGCAUGAGACCUCAAUCCAGGAACCUAAACUUGAAUGGUCUCGUAAGUUGAGAUCAUGGCUGCCAAAGCUUACCCAAAGACAUGGUUGAACUUCGGGCACAAACAUUUUUUAUUUACCCUCUCAUUUUUUCAUUUUGUACCACUAGAUCUGAGAAUUAAUUCAAUCUGUCAUUUACUAGCCAGUUGAUUGAAUUUAAAGAUACUAAAUUUCUCUGAGCUGCAGUUUCCUCAUUUACAUUUCAUAGGAUUCUUAUGGGGGUGAAUAUAGUAAAUGGUAGACAAUUCUUUUUACUUUUUAAAAUUUUAUUUUUAUGCUACUCUCAUAUAUUUAGGCUGAGGGGGUGUACAGUAGAAGAUAGCACAUAUCUUAGCUUUUUCUUUUCAUGUUGAUCCAUUCUUAUGCUUCAACCUAUUAUUCUAUUGCUCUC